GCGAGGGACAGGCGGCGCGGGGCAGGCGGCGGCGAGGAGUGGGGCGCAGCGCGGCGGGAGGGCUACUGCCAUGGGGCGCUGACCCGCCCAGGACCCCGGCCCCGGAGCUGGAGCCGCUUGGGAGCGAUGUGCGGCGGCGGGGCGCCGCUCCCCCCUGCCGCGCGAUGAGGGGCUGCGGGGCCGGCGCGGGGCUGGCCGUGCCGCCGCCGCUGCUGCUGCUCGGGCUGCUGCUGGCUGCGGCGCCGGGCGCGGCGCUGGGCAAGGAGACGGCGUUCGUGGAGGUGGUGCUCUUCGAGUCCAGCCCCAGCGGCGACUACACCACCUACACUACCGGGCUGCAGGGCCGCUUCUCCCGCGCGGGGGCCACGCUGAGCGCCGAGGGCGAGAUCGUGCAGAUGCAUCCACUUGGACUAUGUAAUAGCAAUGAUGAAGAAGACCUCUAUGAAUAUGGCUGGGUAGGAGUGGUGAAGCUGGAACAGCCAGAGCUGGAGCCAAAGCCUUGCCUCACUGUCUUAGGAAAGGCAAAGCGAGCAGUACAGCGAGGAGCCACAGCAGUCAUCUUUGAUGUUUCUGAAAACCCAGAUGCCAUUGAUCAGUUGAACCAGGGCUCAGAGGACCCUCUGAAGAGACCAGUGGUGUAUGUGAAGGGUGCUGAUGCUGUCAAGCUGAUGAACAUAGUUAACAAGCAGAAGGUGGCACGAGCGAGGAUUCAGCAUCGUCCCCCACGGCAACCCACCGAGUACUUUGAUAUGGGGAUUUUCCUGGCCUUCUUCGUGGUCGUGUCUCUGGUGUGCCUCAUUCUUCUGGUCAAGAUCAAACUGAAGCAGCGGCGCAGUCAGAAUUCCAUGAACAGGCUUGCCGUGCAGGCACUGGAAAAAAUGGAGACCAGGAAGUUUAAGUCCAAAAGUAAGGGACACCAGGAAGGUAGCUGUGGAGCGCUGGACACACUCAGUAGCAGCUCUACCUCUGACUGUGCCAUCUGCUUGGAGAAGUACAUUGAUGGGGAGGAGCUGCGAGUCAUUCCCUGCACUCACCGGUUCCACAAGCGCUGCGUGGACCCUUGGCUGCUGCAGCACCACACCUGCCCCCAUUGCCGCCACAACAUCAUCGAACAGAAGAAGGGAAAUGCAGGCCCAGUCUGUCUGGAGGCCAUCAACCCGGCACGCAGCCGGCAGCAGAGGGUGAUUCUGCCUGUCCAUUACCCAGGUCGAGUGCACCGAGCGGGGCAGAUCACAGCAUAUCCCACCCGGACGAGCAUGGACCCCCACGGGAACCCCAUCACAGUGCUCACAGUGGAGCGCCACGGGGAGCAGAGCCUCUACCAAGCCCCCUCCUCAGCAUACAUCCGAAGCUAUCAGCCCAUCCACUUGGACCAUGCUCUGAACACGCACCACUGCAGCCUGGAGCACAGGGCCUACUCUCCAGCUCACAGCUUCCGAAGACCCAAGUUUGGUGGGCGCAGUUUUUCCAAAGCAGCCUGCUUUUCCCAGUACGAGACCAUGUACCAGCACUACUACUUCCAAGGCCUUAGUUACCCUGAGCAAGAUGGACAGCUCCCAGCUGGCAUUUCCUCAAAGGGUCCCUCCCGUGCCUUUCAGCCUGGCAGCAGCAUGCUUUUCCCUCCUGUGGUACACGUGGUGCCCUCAUCCCGCUUGGAGAGCGGCAGUGCCUCCAGCUUCAGCUGCUAUCACGGUCAUCGUUCCGUGUGCAGUGGGUAUUUGGCUGACUGCCCUGGCAGUGACAGCAGCAGCAGCAGUUCUGGGCAGUGCCACUGCUCUUCCAGUGAUUCCAUGGUUGACUGCACUGAGGUCAGCAACCAGGGCGUCUAUGGGAGCUGCUCCACCUUCCGCAGCUCCCUGAGCAGCGACUAUGAUCCCUACGUUUACCGCAGCAGGAGCCCCUGCCGGGCGGCUGAGGUCAGUAGUGCCAACAGGGCUGCAAUCGUUCUCCUGGAGGGCCCUCACCAGGACGAGCUUCCAGCUCACGGCCACAGCCUGGUGGGUGGUGACUGCCGGCCUGUGCCAGCUUCUUCCUCAGGGGACCAACUGUCCAAUUGCAGCAUGGAUAUGAACUAUAGCAGCAAUUCCUCUCUAGAGCACAGGGAUCCGAAUGGCACUACCUCAGAGGGAGGACAUGAGGCCGCUCCUGGUGCUGCCUUGGAUAUUAGAAGGAACUGGAAGAGCCCUGAGAGAGCAGGGCCACUCAUGGAGCAGGCAUGCACCUGCUGCUUUGAGCUGCAGCACUCUGCCCUGGAGCCCAGCAGCGGGGCAGUUGACUGCAGUGCACUCUUCCUUAGCCCUCCCCUCUGGGGGUCGUGUGGCCCAGGCAUGGAACCGCAGGCAGGUAACACCCCAGGCUUGUACAGUAUUAAUUCAGACCACUUACAUAGGACAGAUGGGGUGAAAUAUGAGGGGCUGCCCUGCUGCUUCUAUGAAGAGAAGCAGGUAGCCUGCAGCAGCAGCAGUGGCAGUGGAGGCAGUGGCUGCUAUACAGAAGACUAUGCAGUGAAUGUGCAGUACACUCUCCCUGAGGAGGCCUUGCCUGGCUGCUGCACGGGGGUGUGUGAGCUGGGCCAGCGCAUCCCCAUCAUACCUGAAGACAGAGACUGUGAGCUGAUCCUACCCACGGAGUGCCAAGGGGCCCACACAGGAGUCUGCAGUUCCUGGGAUGGGACACCUGAGCUAGACACUUACCUGCACUGCCAAGGUCUAGGAGAGGUACAGGAUGAGAGGGAGGUGUGCUACGAGGCAGCCUCCUUCCUGCAGCAGAGCUACUCUCCAGAGGAGGAUGCUGGAAUGCUCUUUCCCAGUCCCACUCUGAGUUCCCAGACGCUGAUGACAACCACAAAGGCCACAGGUGCUGGAUCUUAUCCCUUGGAGAGAGGCCAGAUCGGCGACUAGACCUGUCCAGAUGAUCCUAGAUGGAGAAGCAGAGCUUAGCAGAGACUCCAGAUUCUCAAUGGACUUAAUUUGUUUUUUAAGCUUUGACAAACACACAAAAGUGGUAAUGUGGAGAAGCCCCUCCCCUGCUUCCUCUCCCUCUGUGUCCACAUCAGCUUGGUUGUCUUUGUUCCUCUCGCCUGAAGCCUACAGGCCUCCAUUUGUGCGCAAAGCCCAGAUGGGACAUGGCAUGGAGCACUUCUGAGCUCUGGUGCCAUUUCUAUAUUAAUGACAAAGUGUUAUUUAUAUUUUCGUUUAGGAGCAACCCUGUCAGCUCUUGAUGAGAGCUAGCAGCGUGUUGACUCAGCCAGGCUACGUGUAGAUGCUAUUAUCUCCUACUUACAGGAGUCCAGCCUUCGAUAAGCUCAGGGCUACACCUGCCUUAGAAACCAGAUAGCACCUUGAUAUGUAGUAGUCCAGAGGGAUGCAGCUGCUGAAUGGAUGUUGAGUUACCGACUACUAGUAGCAAAUCCUAGUAGCCAGCAAGUUGUAUGAGUGAUUCUGAG